UUUCGAAAUACGUGGCAACGCCGCAACAGUUGUCUGCACGUUUUUAAAAGCCGGCCCAAUAUUAAACGAAUCGUAUCCAAAACAAAGCGAAAUCAGGAUGUUUAUGAACUCCAAUCUCUUCGAGCCGGGCAAGUCGAAGCCGGAGCGGAAUUUUGUCCAGUUGGCGGUGAAGCAGAAUCAGCGCUUCGACGGCCGGCGGUCCAACGAGUGCCGCGACGUGGAGCUAACCUUCGGCGCGGAUUGGGGCACUGUGGCGGUGUCCCUGGGCGAGACGAAGGUGCUGACCCACGUGACCUGCGACCUGGGCGCACCGACCACAUCCCGGCCCAACGAGGGCAAGCUCCAGCUGAACGUGAACCUCGGCGGCGUGGCCUUCCUGGACGAGGUGCAGAGCACACACGACCAAAGGUCCCUCACCCUGAACUCCCUGCUCGAAAGAACCUUCCGCAGUUCCAGGUGCGUCGACCUGGAGUCCCUCUGCGUGGCCGCCGAGCAGCAUGUGUGGUGCAUCCGCGUGGACAUCAAUGUGCUCAAUCACGACGGGAAUCUGUAUGAUGCCAGCACCAUAGCCACUUUGGCUGCGUUAAUGCACUUCCGGCGACCGGAUGUCACAUUUGCGGACGAUGAACUGCGCAUCUACACGGAAAAAGAGCGGGAAUUCAUCCCUCUGCUAUUCCUCCACUAUCCCGUGAGUGUCACCUAUUGCAUUUUCAAGAGCAGUGGCCAGCCAAUUGUGGAUCCACUACUGCUGGAGGAGAACGCCGCCGAUUCGGUGAUUGUCCUGAGCUUUAAUUCGUACCAGGAGCUGUGCACGCUCAAUGCCGGAGGCACUGCGCCCACCAAUGUUCGGACAAUCAUGCAAUGUGCCCGCAAUGCAGCGACUCGCGCCAAGUCUUUGGUGGAUUUCAUACGCAAAGCUUUGUCGCUGGACGAAGAGCGUCGAUUGCAGGGCGGUCGUUUGGUUCAGGGACUGGUGGCUCUCAUUGGUGAAAAUCAGCAAAAGCUGAGUUUUAGGAAACUGAUGGGUCACCAAAAGCAUGAGCCCCAGGAUCUGCAAAGUGAAAAAAUGGAUGUGGAUACCAAGGCCAUUGCAAAGCCAAGGGUUGAGGAGAUGGCGGUCGAGGAAGAGUCCUCCAAACAGGAGACAGACGCCCCCCUGGACUCCAGCAGUUGGCUGCCCCAGGAUGAGGACUCCCAGGAACUGCCCACACCCUCAGAGGCAUCCGCAUCGAAGGCCGGCAAGGGCAAACAAAAUCGAAGCAAAAGCAAGGCCAAUAAAAAGCAACAAGCAAAGAAACAAAAUAACAGCGACUCUGAGGAGGAAGCCAAGCCAGUCAUCUAGCCGAUAUGAUAGUCAAGUAGUUAAGUGAAAAUGCUUUCUAUUAAGUUUUAUUUAGGCUUAAAUGUAUGGCUAAAAUCAGUCUAGGCUUUAACAGAAAUCGUUUAAUGCGGAAUUCCAAUUGAUGUAUGGAACCGAUGUUCGUCUUUGUUAGGCUUAAACUAGAGCGCUAAAUAUAUUUCCAACCCGCCGGGGCAAACGA